AUGUCAUUGGGCCAGGUUGGGUUAUGUAGAUUUGUAACCAUCUGAAUGGCGCAUAACUGUGUUGUUGUUGUUUGCUUAGCUUAACGGUUAGAUUAAUAUCGCAUAACACAUCAGCAUAGACAAGGAUUCCCUGCACCAGUUUGUAAAGAGUCGCCCACCAUACAGUCAGGAUGCCUAUGAUGUUUCUAGACCGGAUGCCGCUACCGCGUAUGAAGACUUACACAAUGCUAAGUCUGAUGCUUCUAGCGUCGGCCGUAUUUCAUGCGCACCAAGUUACGGUGCAAGUGUUGGAAGAACCAGAAAGCGUGUUUGACAGCGAUAGGAAAAAUGCGUCAAACGUUACGGACUCUGUCGAGUUCCAACCCAGCAAUACAACAGACUCUGUAAUCACAUUUCUUGGUGUGAUGGUUGAUGAUCCUUGGUGUAUUUGGACAUUAAUCAACAUGGCAUAUUGUUGUCUUAUUUUGCUUGGCAAGGGUAUUCAACGCCUUGUCUUUGGUGACCUGCGAGUUAGUGAACAGCAGCACAUCAAAGACAAGUUCUGGAACUUCGUGUUCUACAAAUUCAUCUUUGUGUUCGGUGUCAUGAAUGUUCAGUACAUGAAUGAGAUGGUGCUCUGGUGCGCGUGGUUCUCCGUGCUCGGGUUCCUUCACAUUCUCGUGCAGCUGGGAAAAGACAGGUUUGAAUACCUGUCGUUUUCGCCGAGCACGCCGCGGUGGACGCACAUUCGCAUGCUCAGCCUGCUCGCGUCGAUCCUGCUGACGUCACUCGCACUGCUCACGCUCUGUACGCUCGUCGGACUCCACGCCGGACUCAACACCUUCGCCUUCAUGGCUGCCGAGUGCGUGCUGCUGACGGUGCGCACGCUGUACGUGAUCGUGCGCUACUCGAUACACCUGUGGGACUUCAACAAGAAGGGCGUCUGGGAGAACCGAGGCAGCUACAUGUACUACACGGAACUCGUCUUCGAGCUGGCCGCCCUCUCCGUCGACUUCUGCCACCACCUGCACAUGUUGCUGUGGGGUAACAUCUUCUUGAGCAUGGCCAGCCUGGUCAUCUGUAUGCAACUGCGCUAUCUCUUCCACGAGAUGCAGCGACGUGUCAAGAAACACAAAAACUACCUACGUGUUGUGCAUCACAUGGAGGCAAAUUAUCCGAUGGCAUCCUACGACGUUAUUGACAGUAACAUUGACGAUUGUGCCAUCUGCUGGGAUAAAAUGGAAGCAGCACGGGUGUUACCUUGCAAUCACAUGUUCCAUAAUUCUUGCUUGAGAUCGUGGUUGGAACAGGACACCUCGUGUCCUACCUGCCGCACGUCGCUCAGUGACAGUCGCAGCAGCAGCAGUAGUCAAGCAGAGGAGUUGACCGAGACUGUCCCAGAUACUCCAGAGGCAACGACGCCCAACCGGCAACAGCGCAAUCACUUUUUCCACUUUGACGGUUCACGGUACAUGCCGUGGCUUCCCAGCUUCUCAGUGGAGGUGACGCACACCCAGCUGUUGGGAGCAGAACCUCAGCUGCAGCAGAGCAUACAGACGUCACAGCUGGAUAGCAUGGCACGCCAGGUGCAGUCGAUGUUCCCUCACAUGCCCAUCAACGUGAUCAUGGACGACCUGCGGGUAACGCGCUCCGUCGAAAUCACGAUCGAGAACAUCCUGGACGAACGCCUGCUUCCUGCUCCCAGCGCACAGCUGUCAAGAACCGGUUCUCAACCGAGUGAAACUCUGUCUACACAGGUCUCUACGUCAUCGUCAACAGAUGACAGCAUGAUCUUUUAUGCAGGUGGAGAUAUUGCAGAUGGUGCAUUCUUAGACAACGAUGAAGUCCUGCAUAGUUCAUUGCCUGAUACAAACAGUGCGGAAAAUGUACUGGAGUCGUUCGGCAGCAGGUUUUCAAAGUGCCCCACAGAAAGAGAGGUAAUUCUGCAAAAGAGGAAAGAAUCCCUUGUGCAGCAAGCAAGAAAAAAAUACAUGGCAAAACGCCACCGCCAGUCCAAUUCAGGGUCGGAGUGCUGUCAGCAGGGGGAGCUACAGUCCACUGGAAGCAGCAGCAGCAGCAACCAGCACAUGGGUGAAGGUGACUGCGAGAGCAGGAGAAGAAACACGCUGGAGCAGAGACGCAGUGCUAUGUACUUGGCCGCGCGCCAACGACUCGAGUCUCAGAACGGCCUGAGUUAACUCUUGCGGUCGGCGUUCGACCGUUGACGGUGAAAGAGAUCGCCGAGAGAGAUCCGCGGCGUGACGCCGCUCCGCGUGGACGUGCCCGUAAGCCUCGCGAAAACGUCUGAUCUUGAAUGCCGCAGGCGACGUCGAAAGCAGACGUUGCUGCUAGCUGUUUCAGUCGUCGCUCCGUGGAAACAUUCUGCUUAUGGAAAGGAUGCAGACGUUUGAUGGCCAAUUUAGUUGAGCCCACUCUAAGAUUCUUAUUCCGACGUAGAAGUUCUUGCACUGAUCACUCGCAUCGAGAUGAUCAGCACGUUGAAUCAAGCAUCGUUGCUACGGUUACUUUCAACGUCUGCUGACUGACGUGGGUUGGCGAUUGGUCUGUUUAUAGGCACCAUCUUCUCGACUAUCGAACUGCGAUUGAGUUUGAUUUUGCUAGAGUGAUUUUCAUUAGACAACGAUGAAGCAGUUGAGCCAUUUUCAGAUCUGAGGAUUGCCCACGGUCUUGUAUAAGUGAUAAUUUCUUCAAUCUUAGGGCAUCUGCUUUUUAAUAUGUACUGAUCAAGCACAGUCUACGUCGGCUGCUCAAUUACCGACAGUUGGUUGUUUAACUGGUAUUAAUUAUGUCAGAGUUUAUGUCUGCAUCUGUCUUCAAAUAAUGUAAUGUGGCCGGUUUUCGACGGUCGUAAUAACCGCAUAUUCAGGUAAACCCAGAGGUGAGAAAAUAUAAUUGAGUCCCUCGUUAAAUGGACAGUUUCAUUCGUAGUAUAUUACGUGUCUAUCUCCAGUAAAUGUUGAGCAGAAAUUCUUUAUAAAAUGUGUUGAUUGCGUUUCUGUGCACAUAUUUGAAAGAAUGUGUUGUCGCAGAGAGGUAAGUGGCAGGCAGCUCGAAUGUCAUUCCAGGCCAUGCAGAAAUUUAACCUUUUUUUUCCUUUUAUGAAUGUUGUUCAGGAACAGUACGAACCACCUUUAAAGUAACUAUGUAAGAGCAGUGCCCAAUGUGCUGUACAAAACUGAGCCUUUAAAACCCAUCGUUGGCCAACAGCAGAAUGGUUUUUAGACUAUUGUUUAGUGAAAGCAGAGAGUUCGUGUAAUUAUUGUAGAGAGUUGGUACAGAGGUGUUGGUAGAGAUACUGUAGAGAGUUGGUGUAAAGAACUGGCUAGUGCUGAAUGUCAGGCGAAGUUCUACCUUACUGCUUCUUUUGGAACGUGGCAUGUGCAGUGCUACUGUACAUAAUGCGUUUUGCUUUAGUUAGAUUACUGACGUAAAGAUGUAUUUUUUGUGUCCGCCGUACAACAUGCACCUGCCGUUGUGAUCAUGAGUUGUAGAGAAAUGCACGAGGUCGUGGUUGAUGGAUUUUAAGAUUGCUUGAAUAGAAUCCUUGAUCCUAGAUCCGUGCACAUAGCCUCCGAAGGGCAAGCAUUUGCUCAGGCUAUGACCCUGCUCGUAUGCUGCAGGUAAUAUAUGCUGUGUAUCGUUUAUUAAGCUGAUAACUACUAAUAUCAUGAACAUAUAUAGAGAGUAAUUAUAUGUACAUGUGUUCAUGGUAAUACUGAACCCUUUAACAACAGUGCUAAUAUUACCACGAUUGACAAUAAUAAUACUAUAACAGGUACAGGAAAGUAAUUCCUUUUCUUUUUACUAUUGCUGAAGGGGUCGUUGUCGUAUCAGGUACUACAUAUAUGUACCCGAGGUACAUAUAUGUAUACACAAGUGUACCAGACUUGUACUACAGAAGUGUACCCUAACCCUAAACACAGGGUAUACAUAUAUGCUGAGAAGAUACAGGUCUGGUAUACAUAUACGUACCUCGGGUACAUAUCUGUAGUCCCUUACCCUUUCUUUUCGCAAUCGAACAUUUUACAAUUUUUUGGUAAAUAUUCAUUCUACUCCUUGCGUUUUAGAAUGAGCUCGUGUGCAGUCUUGAAUAAUAUAUAUAAGGUGCAUGCACAGUAACGUAUUAUUGCACUGUGCUAGUGAUGUACUGAUAUUUCACUCUUAUAUUAGUAUGGUAUGUUAUCAUCUCUGUAUCAUAUAUUAAAUUUGUGGACCUAUAUUAUUUAUUAUAGAUGGAAAUUUCUCUGACUAUCUUGGAGUCGUAUCAUGAUAGGUUUUAUCAUUGCAACUAGCGUUGUGUAUGUUUAAACAUUACGCUGCUGCAAGUUUUAGCGAAAAUGGCUUUGCCAAGUUAAUUAUAAUUCCAAAAUGACGAUACUUUAAGUAUGAUAUAUUUUGCAUUAAUAACGUUUAUAGUAUACGAAAGAGUAUUUUUAUGGAUAACUUAGUGCUCGGUUUGUCCACUAGAGGUCGCUGACCAUGCUGUGCAGUGAAGUCGAUCGCUCCAAAAAUAUGUCACUACUAGUAUUGCUGAAGGGGUCGUUGUCGUAUAGGGUACCUUAAUCCUAAUCCUAAUCCUAACCCUAACCCUAACCUCCCUAACCCUAACCCUAACCAUAUCAGAUAGUUACCUCGGGUACAUAUAUGUAGUACCCUAUACGACAACGACCCUUUUUGCACUAGUAUUCUCCUUAUGUAGAACGCGGCUUCUUCCUUGUCUUCAUUUAACGAACAAAUGAGAGUAGUAGAUACAUCUUACGUUUGCCGAAUGACUGACUACUAGUAGCAAUGUAUUAUUUGUUCAAAUUCUGCUCGUUUUUUGCCUGAUGCAUUAUUUGGUCACCGAGUUUGGGUUAUACGUGUUCUUACGAGUGAAAUGCGUUCGAGUUUCGGGUAUGUAGUUUAGUGAUCCACGCAGACCUGUGCGUGCCCAUAAUGACCUAGUCUUCUCGGUUAACGUGUUGAAAUGUCCCACUGAUCAUAAUUACGCUGGGUGAUCUGUGUACGUAUUUACCUUACAACAAAACUGUACAAAUUACAAUUCUUUAUAAAGCUGAUUGA